AUGGAUGUGGACGUGAAUACCCCAGGUGCCCCGGAAGCCCCGGUAUAUGUUGAUCAGCAAGGUCGAUGGAAGCACCUUCACAACGUACUAAGCAAACGCGGACCUUUUACGGAUGAGGACUGGACUCCUGGCCCGGAGACUAUUGAUGCUCUGGAAUCUUCUAAAAUUUUGGUGAUCGGAGCCGGUGGACUAGGAUGUGAGAUCUUGAAGAAUCUUGCAUUGUCAGGAUUCAAAGAUAUUCAUGUCAUUGACAUGGACACCAUUGAUAUCUCAAAUCUGAACCGGCAGUUUCUCUUUCGCCAUGCAGAUAUUGGCAAGCCUAAAGCUAAAGUUGCCGCCGCUUUUGUGCAGAAGCGAGUGAAGGGAGUCACCAUUGCACCCUAUGUCGGAAAAAUCCAGGAUAAAGAUGAGGACUACUACAUGCAAUUCAAAAUUAUCAUCUGUGGCUUGGACAGUAUCGAAGCUCGACGAUGGAUCAAUGCCACACUAAUCUCGAUGGUCGAUAUGGAGAACCCAGAGAGCCUGAAACCACUGGUUGAUGGUGGAACUGAAGGUUUCAAAGGCCAAGCCCGUGUCAUCUUGCCAACUCUCUCAUCCUGCAUCGAGUGCCAACUUGAUAUGCACGCCCCUCGCCCAGCAGUCCCUCUCUGCACCAUCGCCACUAUCCCACGGCAACCCCAGCACUGCAUUGAAUGGGCGCAUCAAAUCGCAUGGCAAGAGAAGCGCAAAGAUGAUACGUUUGACAGCGACGAUAUGGAACAUAUCUCAUGGGUAUACAAUGCCGCCUACGAACGAGCCCAGCAAUUCCAUAUCCACGGCGUCACCUUCCAAAUGACCCAGGGCGUUGUCAAGAAUAUCAUUCCAGCCAUCGCAUCGACGAAUGCCGUCAUUGCCGCCUCCACCACUUCGGAAGUGCUCAAGAUAGCUACUGGAUGCAAUCCAUAUCUGGACAACUACAUGAUGUAUGCCGGCGAAGAAGGGGUGUACACUUACACCUUCGAGGCGGAGAAGAAGCCCGACUGUCCCGUAUGCGGAAACCUUGCUCGGAAAAUUGAUGUGGAUCCCAACAUGACCCUGGGUGAAUUUAUCGACAGCCUCGGAGAGAGGGCCGAGUCUCAAUUGAAGAAGCCUAGCAUGCGCACUGAGGAGAAGACCCUCUACCAACGCUUCCCACCCCAGUUGGAAGAAUCGACCCGACCGCACUUGAAAUUGAAGCUAUCGGAAUUGGUCGAGGAUGGGCAGGAGAUUGCUGUCAGCGACCCAGCCUAUACCAUUGACUUCCGGUUCCGCCUGAACUUCAACUAA